UCUGCACGUACCUUCAACUUCCACAGUUCCAGUGUUCCUUCGCAACAAUACCUAAUACGAACACGAACUUCGAGACGCAAUAUCAGAAUUCACUUCAUCUCUGUUCUUCAGAGCUUUUACUGUCCGGGAGAUACCUUUGCCAAAUAAAUCAAGUUUGGCGCAUCCGCGGCGUGUGUUGAAUAUUUUGAUUUGUUAUUUCGAAUUGGAUUUUGAUCUGUGUCGUGGAUGAUGGAAUCCGGGAUUAUAACUGCAUUAAGUAAUAGUACCAAACAUCAAUUCAUCCAUUCAAAUGAUGAUUCAGAGGACCUCCCAUAUAAGCGACCAUUUAUUAUUGGUGUUGCUGGAGGGACCGCAUCUGGAAAAACAACCGUUUGCAAGAUGAUUAUUUCACAGCUUCAUGAUCAACGAGUUGUUCUUGUUUGUCAAGAUUCAUUUUACCACUCUUUGAGUGAUGAACAAGUUGCAAAGGUCCAAGAAUACAACUUUGACCAUCCCGAUGCCUUUGACACAGAGCUUCUCCUUUCAUGCAUGGAAAAGUUACAACACGGGCAAGCAAUUAGCAUCCCCUACUAUGAUUUCAAGAGCCAUAAAUACAUAGAACCAUCACGCAAGGUUAACCCUUCAGACGUCAUCAUUUUAGAGGGAAUUCUAGUUCUUCAUGAUCCCCGUGUCCGUAAUCUUAUGAACAUGAAGAUCUUUGUGGACACAGAUUCAGAUGUGCGGCUUGCAAGGAGGAUACAGCGUGACACAGUUGAGAGGGGAAGGAACAUUGAGAAUGUGAUUGAACAAUAUACUAAAUUCGUUAAGCCUAGUUUCGAAGAAUUCAUACUCCCAUCGAAGAAACAUGCGGAUGUGAUCAUCCCUCGGGGAGCAGAUAAUGAUGUUGCAAUUGACUUGAUAGUACAACACAUCCGUACAAAGCUCGGCCAGCAUGAUCUUUGCAAAAUAUACCCAAAUGUUGUUGUCAUAUACUCAACAUUUCAGAUACGUGGAAUGCACACGCUUAUACGAGAUGUCAGGACAACAAAGCAUGACUUUGUUUUCUAUGCAGAUCGACUCAUCCGCUUGGUUGUGGAACAUGGUUUAGGCCACCUCCCUUUUACUGAAAAACAGAUCAGUACUCCAACAGGAUCCGUAUAUACAGGAGUUGUUUUCUGCAAAAGCUUAUGCGGGGUCUCAAUCAUUAGAAGUGGAGAAAGCAUGGAAAAUGCACUACGAGCAUGUUGUAAGGGAAUCAAGAUUGGUAAAAUCCUCAUCCAUGGAGAGGGUAACAAUGGCCGGCAGUUAAUCUACGAGAAGCUACCAGCUGACAUUUCAAGCCGCCAAGUUUUAUUACUCGAUCCAGUCCUGGCUUCCGGAAAUUCUGCAAUCAAAGCCAUUUCUUUGCUGCUGAGUAAGGGCGUGGCAGAAUCUAGCAUCAUCUUCCUUAACCUCAUAGCCGCUCCUGAAGGAAUACAUGCAGUUUGUAAGAAAUUCCCGAAGGUAAAGAUCGUGACGUCGGAAAUCGACAUGGCCCUGAACAAGGAUUUACAUGUGAUCCCGGGCAUGGGGGAAUUCGGAGAUCGCUACUUUGGCACAGAUAAUGCUGCAACCUUUUCCCUUGACACCUAAAUAACUCUAAACUACUACUUUUUCUUUUUCUAUACCAAGCAAUUCAUAAAUAAUAUAUAAUAAAACUUAAUUCUCCAAGGCAAAAAAUAAAGUAAAAAAAAGCUUAAUUUGUUCAAGUUACAUAUUUAUUUAAUUUUUUUUAAUGUGAAAAGUACUUUGCCUUCUCCAUGUAAUGAAAGUAACUCUUUUGAACUUGCUCA